AUGGCAAAUGGAAACCGGCAGAUGCUUUCUUACGUGGCAUCGUCGGAAACUUACGUGGGACGCAUAAAACACACGUGGAAUGGAGGUCGUGGUUCAACUUCAAAUUUGGACCCUCCAGUUGACGGGCUUCAGUGCUUGCACAGAGUCCAACCAGAUUUCUUGACCUCGAACACCGAUACGAAUCCGGCUAGGAGGUAUCAUCGAUGUCCUCACAGAAAUACUCAUGAUGCUGAAUUACCACCAUUUCAGAAAGCCUGUUUUUUGAAGUUGAAGAAUCAAAAAAAUUUGUUGGAGGAACAAUUAAAAUGUAAGGAUAUUGUUGAAAAGCAACUCAAUGAAAAGCUUCAGAUUAAAAAAAACAAGUUGCAGCAGUUGAAGAAGAAAAUUGAAGAAUUAGAGAGGAAAAAUCAUGACCAGAACAAGAGAAUUGAAGAAUUGGAGUGGAAAAAUCAUGACAAGAACAAGGAAAUUGAAGAAUUGGAGAGGAAAAAUCAUCAGCAGAACAAGAAAUUGAAUUUUGAGAGGAAGUUUGCUAUGGUGCUAUUGCUUUGUGUCUUUCUAGCUAUGUUUAAGGAAGUUUGCUAUGAUGCUACUGUAAUGGUAGCUUUGGUGCUAUUGUAA